AUGUGUGGGAGAGGGAAAGGUGUGUGGGAGAGCUGUGGGAAACACGCAGGCACCACCAAGCUGCAGUGCAGCUUCUUCGAAGUGUAUUUGGAGAGGGUGCGAGACUUCCUUAGCCCAAAGACACCCAACCCGCAGUUGAAGGAGCUUCCCGGUGGAGUCGAAGGUCUGACUUACAAGGAGAUUUCCACCGCCGCCGAAGCGUUGCAGAUUUUGCGACAGGGGUUGAGGCUCAGAGUGGCCGCCAACACCAGCCUGAAUGAGCACUCGUCUCGUUCUCAUGCAAUCUUCUCCUUACUUCUGCGACAGCCGCAGAAGGGUGGAAUUCGAACGUGCAAGCUGACCCUAGUUGAUCUUGCUGGAUCGGAAAAGGUCCGCAAAAGUGGUUCUGUGGGCGGCAUGCUGGAGGAAGCGAAGAAAAUCAAUUCGUCCUUGAGCGCGCUCGGUCACGUGAUUGAAGCACUCUCAGAGCGGAGACCGCAUGUACCCUACCGAGACUCUCGCCUCACACGCUUGCUGGAAGAGUCACUGGGUGGUAAUUGCCGGACGACUCUCUUGGUGGCUUGUUCGUCCAGCAGCAUCCAUGCCUCGGAGACCUUGUCUUCACUGCGGUUCGCCGUUCGUGCAAGAAAGGUUGAAAACAGUGUUGGUGUGACAGUCUGCAAUUCCCAGUCGAAGCAAGCUUCCGACAGGCAGCUUGAGAGGAGAAUCGCGCAGCUUCGACGAGAGCUUGCCAGACUGGAAAGUCGCAGAGCCGCCACUCGCUCCCCAUCAGCAGACAGGCGUCGAUCGUCAAGGUCCAGCAUAGCAAAAUCUAUGUCGACAUCCUCACUGAGUCCCGAGAGUUGCGGCAAGAUGCCCGCGGUGCCUCUUGCGAAGGAGAAGAAGACCUCCUUGGAGCAAAACCGCUUGGGCAGCUCCUUUGAAGUGCCGGAGGCACUGCCAGUGAGCAACAGCGUUACGUUGCUCGGCAGCUGCAGGAGCACCGUUGAUCCAGGAUCAGGCGUCUCAUCCACUUGCUCAGUGGCUGCAGUCUCACUGACAGGCUCUGCCGCUGGCACUCCGCUUUCGCGUGAUCGUGAUGUCCCGAGAGAGGAAUCUCCGUGUCCGCCACCCACUCGUGGCAGCUACAGUUUUCUCAUUGAGGCGACACCUUUGGCUGACAUGCCUAUGACGCUGAAAGGGUGGAGCAUAGGCCAGUCGUCGGUGCAAGUUCUCUGUGGAGAUUCGGUUCUCGAGGCGGGUGAAGAUCGGCUUGAUGGGCGUGGUACGAAG